GGUUCAUAUAUUUGAAAUCGUGCAGUUUUUCCUACAGCAUCAACUGACUGGACCUGAGCGGUUCUGCGAGCACAGGGUUUUGUUUGAAGCGUAUUUUUGAGGCUAAAUAAACGUUCUGUUCUGUGAGUUUUGACUAAAAGCUUAAAUCUACGAACCCGCCACUACUUUACAAUCCAAAAUAGGGUUCUUUUAUUAUUGGAUGAUAACUGCCAUGAGUCCGUGAUUGAGCUUUUCCCCAGUUAGCAUCGAAUUGACGCUAGAAUGGCCACUGCCAAGAAAGCAUCGUCUAAGACGGGGGGCAUUCGUUUUGCAGAGGAAGCGGCUGAUGCCGCUCACUCCCAUGUGCAUUUUGACGAGAAACUGCAUGACUCUGUCGUCAUGGUGAUGCCGGAGUCAAAUGGGAACUUCAUGGUUAAGGUGGGCUUCCUGAAAACACAGCACAGGUACGAGAUUGUGUUCACGCUGCCUGAGGUCCCAGAGCUUGGGAAAGACGUGUGUCCUGCACCUAUUCCAAACCCACACCUCCGCAUCACUAAUUUAACAGUAUCUUCAGAUGGUGGUCUCAGGGUGACUUGCGAAUAUGUGGCCCUUCAUGAGGGAGUGAUGUGCGAGGAGGUUCAGAUUCUUAGUGAGAGCAAAGAGGAUGUGUGUGUGAAGGUCAAGGUUCAUGCCCGUGUCAUGGAUCGCCAGCAUGGGACUCCCAUGCUGCUGGAAGGCGUGCGGUGCAUAGGAGCAGAGCUGGAGUAUGACUCUGAACAGAGCGACUGGCAAGGAUUUGACUAAACUUCAAAACCUCAGACUUUCUGAUCAGUGCUGCAUAUCUCUAAGGUUUGAAAGAAAACUAUCAUACCCUGUUGUUCUCUGUCUAAAUUCCAGUGUUAUGACCGAAUGUCAGUUUUAAAUGAAAAAGAAUAUUAUGUGUGUCAAUGUUUGUUACUGCAUUAUCUUACACAAAUCUGAUCUAAUUAUAACUCUUGUAAACAGAAUUGAUGGAGGACUUGGCUUACUGUGAAUCACCCCUUUAUUCGUAACACUAGGGGCACUACUGAUCCCCAAAUCAAUUUUCCACCCUAUAGACCUUGUUGGAAUUAUAAUUAACUGUAGAAUUUCAUCUACUGAAAUUGAUUUUUAACAAAAUUUUCAUCUUUUCUCAGAGAUUAUGAAAUAAUUUUAUAGUCAACACAUGUUGGUGUUCAUUAAAAAAAAUUCUGCCCUAGUUAAUUUUGAAAUCACUUUAAGGGCUGUUUAAAAUUAUUAAUUUUUCUUUUAUUUGUAAUUUUAGUUUUUUGUAGAGCCAAAGUGCCUAAAAUUGUAUACUUACAUGUUUAUUUCUCUUGAUGCCAGCAUGUCAUUUUGGAGCUAUUGUCAUAUUGAAUGUCUGAGCUUUACUCAAGCAUAAGGUUGUGUCUAUUCUUGGGUCCUUUUACUGUAUAUGUAAGAUCAUUGAAUCUAUGGAGUCGUACCUGUAAUAUGAAGAUGAUACAUUUGGAAAUGGAAUCAAAAUAUUUCAUAGAGUUACAAUUUAUAUCAGAUGUACUUUUAAAGUUUCUCUUUGCAAAUAGUGUCAUUGGUCUGCCUGGCUGAGGAUUGUGUCUUAUUGUCGUUUUCUACUUAAAAUAAAGUUGACUGAUUGAUUUGAAAAACUUA